AUGAAUACCACGAAUGCGACGAGCGGGAUUCUCCCGAUGGACGAAUCCGACCAGCUUGAACCUGACCUGGCCGAGGUGGUGAUCCACUGUAUCCAGAUGUACUACACGCCGGUUCUCGUGUACCUCGGAGCCCUCGGAAACUGUCUAUCGGUCUGCGUGUUCUUCAACUCGAAGCUGCGUAAAUUGUCAUCGAGUUUUUACCUGGCAGCACUAGCGAUAAGCGACACGGGCUUCCUGGUCUCGCUGUUCGUCGUGUGGUUGAACAUGGUGGACGUGGGUUUGUUCAACCGUCAAGGUUUCUGCCAGUUCUUCAUCUUCCUUACGACCCUCUGCAGUUUCCUGAGCGUUUGGUUCGUCGUAGCGUUUACGGUGGAGCGAUUCGUCGCCGUGCAGUAUCCGCUCCGUCGGCAAUCGAUGUGCACCGUUACCAGAGCCAAGGCCGUUUUGGUGGGCCUUACGGCCCUUGGGGUCGUCGUCUGCAGUCCCGUUCUCUGGUUCUCCAGCCCCCAACCACCGACCGAGAAGCACAAUGUGACCCUCUGCAACCUCGCCGAGGAAUGGGAAGAGUGGGCGAACGUCUUCAACGUCGCUGAUACCAUCCUCACCUUCAUACUACCAUUCUCCGUCAUCGUUGUUUUGAAUUCGUUGAUCGCCAGGGCGGUUUGGCGACUGGCUGGUGUUCGUCGCGCCAUGACUGUGACCGGAAGACGAGUGAAGAGACCUCAGAUGUCCAACGGACAGAAUCCAAGACCCGCCACUUCUCAGACGAAGGUCACCAAGAUGCUUCUCGUUGUCUCGACGGCCUUUCUUUGCUUCAAUCUUCCCGCCUAUGUUAUGCGGCUCUACGCCUUCUUCGGGGGAGAUUCGGAUCGCAUGACCGUGAUACUACAGCACGUGUGCAAUUUACUGUUUCACACGAAUUUCGGCAUCAAUUUUGUGCUGUACUGUGUCAGCGGUCAAAACUUUCGACGAGCUGUUGGCCACAUGCUUUGUCCAAGACCGAGACGCCGCCAUGACACUACUCAAGUUACCAUGUCCGAAUACGUGAGAUCAAGCGGUUCGCUAUCGCGACGUCGCACAGUGACGAUGAACGGUUCGUGGCGAGACGCGCACGAGCUUCACGCGAUGUCGCAGAAGUGA